UAUCUUCUCUGUAAGACCAGAACUAAGGAAAUAGACGCGGGUUUUUCUCCGACCUCUCACCGCAUCCCUCGCCCUCGCUUGGCCCGCGUUCAUCCUAACCCCUUAAACCCUAGCCUACCAUGAGAAGGUUGUCACCGGCUAUCGUCUGCGCCGGCAAGACUGUCCCAUCCGUUCUUCCUCUGCCCUCUCCCAGCGAGCUUUUCUCUUCUCUCUAUUGUUCCACCUCCGCCGCCGCCGCCGCCGCCGCCGCAGAUGUAACCGAGACUCCUCUGGAGACGAAUAAUAGCUCGCAUCUGAUAUCCUGCCUCUCUGACAUCCUCUCGCGUCGGAACUGGUUCGAAAGCGGGACUUUGCGAAGCUUAGCCCCCUCUGUCACCCCGGCUGUUGUCGCCGAGCUCCUCCGCGGACGCUUCAUUGAUGCUGAGUCCGCCUUCGCCUUCUUCAAUUGGAUUGGGAGGCGUCCUGGUUUUAGCCACACCGUAGACUCUUAUGCGUCUCUGGUUUAUUCCCUUCUCCGAUCGAAGUCUUGUUUCAACAUCGAGAAAGUUGUCAUCUUUAUGCUCAAAUCUUGCGGUUCAGCCGAAGAAGUGUGCUCUGCGUUAGAAACCUUCAAGGCCGUUAGACGAGAAGGUGGCGGUGUUGGAUUCAAUCCCUCAAUCCGAUGCUAUAACUCUCUGUUGUUGUCACUUUCUAGGUUUGGGAUGGUUGAGGACAUGAAAGACAUUUACCGAAAUAUAGAAGAAGAUCAAAUUUUGCCUGACAUUGUUACUUACAAUACAAUGAUUAAAUAUUACAGCAAGGAAAAGAAUCUGGCUGAAGCGUACCAACUUCUUGGUGGUUUACGGAAAGCAGGUUUAGUUCCAGAUACAUUUACUUGGAAUUCCUUGAUGUUAGGUCACUGUAGACAGAAGAAUUUAGGCAGAGCUUGUUGGAUUUUUAUGAUGAUGCCACAGAUGGGUUGCUCUAGGAAUGAAUUUUCUUAUACCAUUCUCAUCCAAGGGCUUUGUCAAUGUUGUAGAGUUGGUGAAUCUUUGAGCUUGUUCAGAGGCAUGGGAAGUGAUACUUACCAACCCAACAUCCAUACGUACACAGUGAUGAUAGACGGUCUUUGCAAGGCAGGUGAGCUUGAGUCUGCUGAAAAAUUGUUCCAUGCGAUGUUUGAUAGAGGUUUAGUUCCUAGCACUGUGACAUACAAUGCUCUGCUUGACGGGUACUGUAAGAGAGGGAAUCUUGAAGCUGCUUUUUCAGUUUUGGAGCUAAUGGAAUCGAAGGGGUGUAAACCAGAUGUUUGUACUUACUCACAGAUCAUUAAUUGUCUUUGUAUGGAGAACAGGCUUGAUGAUGCUGAGGCACUUCUGGCUGAGGUUGUUGCAAAGGGAACUGUUGCUAAUGGUUUUACUUAUAGUGCUCUCAUAGACAAGUAUUGCAAGUGCGGGAAGACCAAUGAUGGUUUGAGAGUUAUGGAAUUCAUGGAACUAAAUGGUUGUAAGCCAGAUGCUUGGAUAUUUACAAUGGUGAUAGACGGCCUGUGCAAGGAGAGUAGACUAGAAGAUGCUGAAAAAAUGCUAUGUCGGAUGCUUGAGAAAGGAUUGGUUCUGAGUGUCGUCACUUACACGGCUUUGAUUGAUGGACUUUGUAAAAGAGAGAAGUUGGAUGAGGCACUCAAAGUGGUGGAGAAGAUGGAAUCAAGUGGGUGUCAACCUAAUGUUUGGACUUACAAUAGUCUAAUUUAUGGAUUUUGUCAAGUGAGACAUGUUCACAAGGCGAUGAUUUUGCUAUCCAAGAUGCUUGAGAGUGGGCCACCUCCCAACACAAUCACAUACACCAACUUAAUCAAUUGCCAAUGCAAGGAAGGCUAUAUAGACGAUGCUUUUAGAUUACUUAAUGCAAUGGAGGCAAAAGGUUUGUCUGCUGAUCAGCAGACAUAUACUAUUUUGAUAGAUACCCUCUGCAAACAUGGUAGAGUAGAAGAAGCUCAUUCUCUAAUUACUUCGCUGACUGUUAAAUGCAUAAGACCAAACAAGAUCAUGUACACAGCCUUAAUUGAUGGUCUAUGCAAAUCAGGAAUGAUUGAUCUUGCUCAUUCCUUGCUGGAGAAAAUGAUAUCAGAUGAUUGCUUGCCAGACUACUACACCUAUAGUGUCCUGAUAGAUGGAUUUUGCAAAGAGAAAAAAUUGGAAGAAGCCUUGUCAUUGCUAGAGAACAUGUUGGAUAAAGGUAUAGAACCUACGGCUGUGACUUCUACAAUUCUAAUAGAUGAGAUGCUCAAAAGAGGGGAGUACAAUAGAGCCAACAUGAUGUUGGCUCGAAUGUUUACUUCUGGUUCUAAGCCAACUGCUUUCACUUACACUGCAUUCAUUCGAGCCUAUUGCAGCGAAGGGAGAGUACAAGAGGCAGAAAGUAUUAUAACAAAAAUGAAAAAUGAAGGAGUUCUUCCUGAUGUGAUAACAUAUCAUACAUUGAUUAAUGGGUUUGGAACUAUGGGGUACCUGGAUCAGGCAUUUUGUACUCUAAAGCAAAUGAUUGAUUCUGCAUGUGAACCAGACUAUUGGACAUAUUCAGUUCUCCUCAAACAUUUUUUAUAUUGGAAACAGAAUAAUGUUACCUUUAUUAGCAGUAUUUCAGGAUUGUGGACGGUAGUAGAAGUUGCAAGAGUUAUGGAUCUACUGGAAGAGCUACAUAAAUAUGGUUGCACUCCUGAUCUUAUUACCUUUGGUUCUUUUAUUUCAGGGUUCUGCAAAGUUGGCCGGUUGGAAGAAGCAUGUGUUCUAUUCUCUCAUAUGAAAAAUGAAGGUUUAUCUCCUACCGGAGAUAUCUACACUUCACUAAUUAGUUGUUGCUGCAAAUCAAAAAUGUACACAGAGGCAUCAACCUAUAUAAACUCAAUGGUGGAAGGUGGCCAUCUUCCUCUGCUGGAAUCCUACCAGAUUAUUCUUUCUGGGCUUUGUGACGAGGAACAAUUUGAGCAGGCAAAAUUGUUUUUCACUGAUUUACUAGGUAAAGGAUACAACAGCGAUGAAAUUGUAUGGAAGGUUCUCAUUAAAGGUAUACUUGAAAAAGGCUAUGUGGAACUAUUUAGUGAGAUGUUUAACAUCAUGAAGGAAUCAAAUUGUUUACCGACUACUGAGACAAGUGAUUUGAUAGCAAAGUACACUGUGAAAGAAGUCAAUGAGGAAAUAAAUGUACUAGAGUCAUGACCCUUCUUUGUGUGUGUCUAACAUUGUAACUAAUGUUUACUUGAAGAGGAAGAUUAUGAAGUAUGAUCUGUUAUGCAAACAUUCAUGAAAUGCAUAUUGAUUGGUGGUUGCAGUAGCCUUACAUGAGAAUGGAUGCUUGGAAGGCGUACAGGUUGUGCUCAUCCACUGCGGAACACAAGCAAAACCAGAUCAUACCACAUGGACUCAGUUGAAGUAUCCUUUUUCAGAUAUCCGAUGUGGUACACGUGGACUUGACUUUCUCUUUGCUAUGCGAACAUCCUUUUCAGUAUCUUGGUGCUCAAAGUUUAUUCCAGCCAAAUAUUAUUCUGGUUUCUGAUUAUGAAUGGACUUUCUGGUGCAACACUUUCAAGGACAUAAAGAUGCCACUUGAGGAGUUUCUCCAUUCAAUUAUGCCAACCAUGCAAGUACUUAGCUGCUGACUCUGGCGAUGAACUUAUUCUGUUGCGGGAACACGAUGACGAAAAGGAUAGACAACGAAAGCCCUAACCUAUGUUUGAAGGUGAAGAAGAAGAAAUAGGAUGGAUGUUCAUUGUUAAAGAUAUUAUCAUUGCCUUCGCAGUCUCGGUUGCUAACAAGUUAAGUCAUUUUUGAAUGCGUGUAGAGGGAGGCUCUUAACUUGUAAUAGGUCACUUCUUUAUUUAUGUAAUUUAUCAAAAUACGCCCCUUAUUUUCUAGAUUUACCAAAAUAUGCCCCUAUUGUGUUUCAU